GCAAAAAACCUUUAAUAAAAAUUUUAAAAUUGCCAUUAUGAAUCAACCUGCAAAUCAAGCGAUUGGAGUUCAACCUUUGGCGCCUCAAAACGUAAAUUCAUCCUUCGAUGAUCUUACUGCCGAACAAAAAUAUGAAAUUUUAACCAAAGGUGCGGGUCUGUUUUCCAGUAGUGCUGGAGCACAAGAAACAGAAAAUCAGACAGUUCAAUUCUCGGAUGUUAUUAUUUCA